UACCUUGAAGAGAGUGAGAGUUGUAACUUCUCUGUUCUCUCCGUUUAGUUUGGGAAGCUCUCUCUCUCUCUGGCACUCCAUUCCGCUUCUCUCAACGCAGAGCUUCAUCGCGCUGACGGGAGGAGUUCACCCAAAGUCUCCACAGACAGAACCAACAGUCAGAGUUACAAUGGGCCGGGAGAAUGGAGUAUGAAAUAGAUUUUCAUAAACACUUUGCCUGGAUGAAGAAGGUGAACCCGCGGUCGCCUGCCAGUAAGGAGACCUACCAGGAGCGCUUGUUACGCUUGGAGGGAGACAAGGAGUCCCUCGUCCUACAGGUGAGCGUGCUCACGGACCAGGUGGAAGCUCAAGGCGUGAAGAUCAGUGAUCUGGAGAACUGCUUGGAGGAACACCAGCUCAAACUGAACUCUACUGAAGAGAUGCUGCAACAGGAGCUUCACAGGAGAACUUCCUUGGAGAGCCAGAAACUGGAGCUGCUGGGCCAGGUGUCCUACCUGAAGAUCCAGCUGUCCGACAUGGACAGCAGACACACCCAGGGAGUAGAGAGACAGCACAAAGCUGAGGUAAGGGACAUGGACAGCAGACACACCCAGGGAGUAGAGAGACAGCACAAAGCUGAGGUAAGGGACAUGGACAGUAGACACACCCAGGGAGUAGAGAGACAGCACAAAGCUGAGGUAAGGGACAUGGACAGCAGACACACCCAGGGAGUAGAGAGACAGCACAAAGCUGAGGUAAGGGACAUGGACAGCAGACACACCCAGGGAGUAGAGAGACAGCACAAAGCUGAGGUAAGGGACAUGGACAGCAGACACACCCAGGGAGUAGAGAGACAGCACAAAGCUGAGGUAAGGGACAUGGACAGCAGACACACCCAGGGAGUAGAGAGACAGCACAAAGCUGAGGUAAGGGACAUGGACAGCAGACACACCCAGGGAGUAGAGAGACAGCACAAAGCUGAGGUAAGGGACAUGGACAGUAGACACAGCCAGGGAGUAGAGAGACAGCACAAAGCUGAGGUAAGGGACAUGGACAGCAGACACACCCAGGGAGUAGAGAGACAGCACAAAGCUGAGAGUGUGGUGAACCUCAUUAGCGAACUGCAGGAGCAGAUGUGUAGAAUUCAGCAGGAGAUCCAGUUCAGGAUCCAGGAGAAACACACCCAGGAGCUCCAGGCCCACACUGGGCCCACGGAGGCCUCAACCCCAGACCAGGGGCUCGCCUGGGACAGUAGCCCAGAGGAGGGCCAUGUCAGCGGGCUGCAGGAGGCUCCAGACAGGCCGGAUGUGUCGUCAGGCCUGGGCCAGGGUAGCUCAGAGGCCGGGGAGCAGGGCCACAGUGGAGGAGAGAGAGUGCUAUGUCAGGAGCUGAGGACCCUGAAGGAGAAGGUAGAGGUGUUGGAGGAACAGAAGCACCUGUAUGAGAGGAGACUGAAGACAACCAAGGCCCAGAUCGUGGACCUCCAGCAGCUUCUGCUCAGUAAGAAUGCAGAGAUCGACAGUCUUCACAGCCAACUGUUGUCCCGCCCCUCCCUGGUCACCGAGGGCUGGGAGAGAGAGGAGAUGUACAGGAGAAGGCUGAACAACAAACACCAGGAACUUCAGAGGCUUAGAACUGGCAUGGAGUCCUUGCUAGCUGCCAACGAUGAAAAGGAUCGCAGGAUCGAGGAACUGACCCUCCUGUUGAGCCAGCGUCAACAGUUCAGAGAGAUCUCCACGUCCAGGCAUGCCCCGCCUCCGGCCUCGCCCCCUGCUAUCCCUGUGUCCAAUCAGAGGACGCCGUCCAGCAGCAGUGAGGAGGAGGAGCAGGGCGCCAUGACGACGGCUCUGUCCACCGACUCCCCGUCCAGCAGCCUGAAGUCUGAGUCCCAGCUGUCCUCCAGCAGCUCCUCCCCACAGCUGCGGUCCUCGCUCUCCCCUCACAAAGACCCCCGCUCCAGGCCACAGCCCCUGCUUCUCUCCAGCAGCAUGAACGACCUGCAGAAUGGACCCUCUCAGAAGACCCAGCAGGUGGAGGGCAGGUGUUCCACGUUGCCUGUGAAGGUGUCACUCACCGAGCACAACGGAGACACCAGCGAGGCCAGCGAGGCCAGCGAGGCCAGCGAGGCCAGCGAGGCCAGGGAGGCCAGGGAUACUGCAGACAGCACAGAGGCCAGAGAGGUUGGGGAUACUGCAGACAGCACAGAGGCCAGAGAGGUUGGGGAUACCAUCGACGCUCAGAGCCAGAGAUCUCCAGCUACGAGUGAGGAUGGAGACUCCAUCCAGAGAAAGACUGAGAAGACAGGAAGUGUCCCGCCCUCUGACUCCUCCCCCCAGUCCUCGGGGGCGGAGUCAGGCCAGCGGUUGGUGGGCUCUCCGGAACACCUGAAGAACAACAGGAGCAUCAGGAAGCUGUGGGGGAAGCUGAGGAGGACCCAGUCGGGGGGGCUCCAGUCGGGGGGGCUCCAGUCGGGGGGGCUCCAGUCGGGGGGGCUCCAGUCAGUGGACCAGGACCAGAGCCAGUUCAGAAGGGGGGGUCUGCGGGCCACGGCAGGGCCCAGGCUGACGAGGAGCCCAGGAUCUACCAGAGCAGUACGUGAUGUCAACACUCCGUUCUGCCAGUGGAGCAGAGAGCAGGUGUGCGGCUGGCUGGAGGACUGUGGCCUGGGCCAGUACGUCAACCUGACCAGGCAGUGGGUGGAGAACGGCCAGACACUGCUGUCUGCGACGCCCCAGGACUUUGAGAAGGAGAUGGGAAUGAAGCAUGCCCUCCACAGGAAAAAGCUGCAGCUGGCUUUGACCUCCCUCAGCAGCAGGGUGGUGGAGAAGUCCUCCGAGCUGGACUACAUCUGGGUCACACGCUGGUUGGAUGACAUUGGGCUCCCUCAGUACAAAGACCAGUUCCACGAGGGCAGAGUGGAUGGAAGGAUGAUCCAGUAUCUCACUGUGAACGACCUCUUGACCCUAAAGGUCACUAGUCAGCUCCACCACCUCAGCAUCAAGUGUGCCAUUCACGUCCUCCACGUCAACAAGUUCAACCCCCACUGCCUCCGCCGCAGGCCUGGGGAGGAGAAGCAGCCCUCUCCCUCGGAGGUGGUGCAGUGGUCCAACCACCGGGUGAUGGAGUGGCUGCGGGCAGUGGAGCUGGCGGAGUACGCCCCCAACCUGAGGGGCAGCGGGGUACACGGGGGGCUCAUCAUUCUGGAGCCUCGUUUCAGCUCAGAGACCCUGGCCCUUCUCCUCAACAUCCCUCCUCAGAAGACGCUGCUCCGUCGCCACCUGGCCUCGGCCUUCUCCCUCCUGGUGGGGCCCCAAGCCUCCCUGGAGAAGAGGGAGUAUGCCAACGCCACCGGCCACGUGCCCCUCACCACCACCGCCAAAGUCAAGCCCAAGAAGCUGGGCUUCAACCACUUCAGCCACCUGAGGAAGAGGAGACCUGACGAGACAGAGGACUACAUCUGUCCCAUAGACACAGGAGCACUUGUUGUCUCUAACGGGGUCUCCCCACGGCCAUACACAGGCCUUAGGGGCCUCAGCCCCAUCCUGGACCGGGACACAGAUGUGAGACAGGAGCAGGUGGGGACUAAGACUUGAAACUGACCCUCCUUCCAACCAAUGACUGCCAAGCUCACAGCUUCCUAACCCUACCCCCCACCCCGACAUGCCAGUGCAAAACACGUGCACCACUGAUUACUCCCUGAAUCGAGGUGCUGAAUUUGCGAUUCACGGGAGAAUCAAACGUGUAGAUUUCGCCUUUCGAUGCUCUCAAACAGUGAUUUGCUGGAAGCGCUGUAAUGAUGAUGAGAGCUGGUCAUUGGUUACUUGCUUCAUCCUUGAUCCAUCUGAUUGCGUCGACAUGGUGAUUUACCUGAAACGAGCUCUAACAGUUUAUUUUUGAAGGUCGCUCUCUGCAUUCCUCCUGAAAUGGGACGAUGAACUCACUCUGCUUAAGAUUCUUCCAGUAGCACUUUCCCACCCCAACCUGUCCCUCCCCCUAGUGUUCCUGAUGUUAACCUCCCCCAAACCUCCCCCCAGUGUUCCUGAUGUUAACCUCCCCCAAACCU